AGAAGAAAAGGCGGAUCGUCGAGAUCGUCGAUCGACUGUUUCAGCUGAGUACGCAGCACACAGCCAACGCAUUGGUGAUGAUUUUACGAACUUCCAGAUAACCUGCAGCUUCACAAACAUGACGGACUACGCCGAAGAGCAGCGGAAUGAGCUCGAAGCCAUAGAGUCCAUCUACCCAGACUCCUUUACAGUGCUCUCAGAAGAUCCAACCAGCUUCACCAUCACGGUCACGUCUGAUGCCGGGGAGAACGGGGAAACUGUGGAAACAACUUUAAAGUUUACGUAUGUAGACAAGUACCCGGACGAGCCCCCGCUGUGGGAAAUCUAUUCCCAGGAGAACUUGGAGGAGAGCGACACAGAAGAUAUCCUCACACUAUUACAACAGCAGGCAGAAGAAAACUUGGGCAUGGUGAUGAUCUUCACCCUGGUCACAGCUGUUCAAGAGAAACUUAACACAAUUGUUGAUGUGAUGAAAAAUAGGCAAGAAGAGGAAAAGCGGAGGAAAGAGAAAGAGGCCCAGGAAGCAGAGAAGGUGGCUUUCCAGGGAACAGUGGUAACCAUUGAAAACUUCCUGGCAUGGAAAGCCAAGUUUGAGCUGGAAAUGGCUGAACUGAGGAGAAAAAGACAGAAAGAGGAGGAGCAGGCAGGAAAACCCAAACUGACAGGUACACGAACAGCAUUUAGUGGGAAUAAUCUUUUUCCUGUGAAGUUUCUUCUAACCCCGUGGCUUUCUUCCUAUGCAGCUGGAAACAACGUUGAAGUGGACGAGUCUCUAUUCCAGGACAUUGAGGACUUGGAUUUGGAUGAAGAUGACCCAGAUUUUGACCCUAUAGAGAUGGGUAGUGAUGAAGACUAAAGGCGGAGCAGGACGGUGGAAUCAAAGGCUUCAAGCAUGAUCAGAGGAACAUGCUGCUCGUCCUGGACGCCGUCUUCUGGCCAUUAAGGACAUGUCUGCUUUUUUUAUUUUACAAAACUCCGAAUGAAAGGAGAGGAAAUUGUUUAAAAACACUCAACAGUUGGUGUUUAUGUCAACUGCCUCGAUUAAGUCUGAUAAAAAUGUGUGUUCCCUCUGGGGCUUUGUCUUUAAGCUCAUCCCAGUAUCAGCAAUUUUCUGUCCAGUUGAAGGCACUAACCUGUCAGGUGUGGCCGGAGAAUAAAAGUCUUGCUUUGCUGAGGUUGAAGUAACUAUACUCUAUUACAUGUGACCACAUUUCCAGAAAAACUAGAAUAUUUUCCGAUGUGCAGUAAAAACAUUCUGUGACAAUAAA